AUGAGUUUUAAUCCUUUUGGUGAUGGUAGCUUUGAUCCUUUCGGCUCUGGACAGUUCCAAGCUAACUUUGACAAUGCAUCCUUUACAUUCCCAGCAUUUGAAGUCGAAGGAGAAAGCAAAGAAAACAAAGAUAAGACGGUCACCUUUGAUGUAAAAGAGAAAAAUCAAACAAACACUAUGGUUGCUAGUGAUUCAUUCUCAGAAGACUCUUUACCAUCUCCAAUUGAAAAUAAUCAUCCUUUCCGCGUUUCAACUGAAAAUUUUCUUGCUGACUUCGGAGAUGCAGCAAUUGCAGGCGAUAAUACAUUCUCAGGACAGGAUAUGCAUAGAAUCCAGUCCGUCGAUGACAAUUUUUCUUUCCAAAAUGGCGUGAAUUUUGAUGAAUUUUCACCAAAGUCAAAUGCUCCGGCUAAAGAUACUGAAGGCACAGAUCUCGAAGGAAGCAGUGAGCACAUGAUUACAUCGUUUGUUGCCUCUGAAACUUCGCCAGGCGGACAUCUUUCACCGUUCGGCGAAAACGCAAAUAGUGAUUUCGAGAUCUCUUUUGAUGACUUCCCAGCUGCAAAUAACCAUACGGAAUCGCAAAAUAAUGCUUCUCAAAACAAACCAAAUUCAUCGGAACAAACAACAGCAAAAACACCCGAAACUCAACAACAAAAUCCAUCAACAAGCGAAAAACAGAAAUCAGCGCCUCAUUCUACGGAAAAUCCAAAAAUCGAUGCUACAUUUCCUCAAGAAAAAGCUCCAGCUUCUGGACAACCGGAGCCAGAGUUUACGUUUUCGGGAUUUUCAGGCUCGAAUACCGAUAAUAAUAAUGGAAAUGCGGAUUUCCAAUUUACAGGCUUUAGCGAUGCCAAUUUUACAUUCGGAAACUUUGACAAUGUCAAGUUUGAUGAUUUCCAAGGCAGCAAUACAGGUUUUGGAACAUUUGAUGAAGUCAAACCAGAAUCAUCUCAAAAAUCCGAAGAAAAACCACAAAAGCAAGGUUCAACUGACCAAUUUGGCACUUUUGGAGGGUUCGAUGAAGCUCCUACGAAGUCAGAUUCCAAACCAGAGACACAAAACCAGUUUGGUUCAUUUGAUGCACCACAACCAUCAUCCAAACAAGGUUCUCAUGAUACUUUCGGCUCAUUUGAUGGCUUUAAUGAUGGUUCUGCCAAAUCUGAAACAAAAUCUGGCUCAAACCAGCAAUUUGCUUCAUUUGGAGGUUUCGAAGAGCCACAGAUAAAGGUAUCUGACUCCAAAUCAGGCUCAAAUCAUCAAUUCGGGUCUUUUGGAGGUUUUGAUGAUUUCAAAUCUGAUUCCAAAUCAACUUCCAACCAAUUCGGAUCAUUUGAUGGAUUUAAUGAUGGCCCACAACCACAAAAACAAGGAUCACAAGACGCAUUUUCCGGAUUUGAUACAAAACCAGCCAAACAAGGUUCCAAAGAUGCAUUUGCAGCACCUGAUGAAACUUUACCAGCUCCAAAUAAACAGAAUUCCCAUGAUGCAUUUGGAGAUUUCGGAUCAUUUGAUGCGACAGCGACAACCCCGGCCAAACAAGGUUCCCAUGAUGCAUUUGGAGCAUUUGAACCUGCUUCUGCUCAGAAAGGAUCCCAAAGUGGAUUUGGAUCCUUCGACAACGUUAAAUUUGACUCAACUAAACCAGAAGAAACUAAGAAAUCAUCACAUGACAUGUUUGCUGAUUUCGGCUCCAGUGAAGCAACUAAGAAAUCAUCACAAGAUAGCUUUGUAACAUUUGAAGAAAAACAACCAUCAAACAAUGGAUUUGUUUCUACAUCAAAAGAUGGCUUUGGCUCAUUUGAUAAUGUUAAAUUUGAUUCCCAACCAAAACAGAGUUCUACCGAUGGAUUUGGUGGUUUUGGCACAUUUGACUCAGAAUCAAAUAAACAAACAUCACAUGACAUGUUUGCCGAUUUCGGCUCGAGUGAAACAACACCUAAAGCAUCUACUGAAGACUUUGGUUCAUUUGAUAACAUCAAAUUUGAUUCACAACCAAAACAAUCAUCAACAGAUGGCUUUGGCACAUUUGGUACAUUUGAAGAACCAUCAAAGACACAAACAUCAAACAAUGGCAUUUCCAAUACAUCUAAUGAUGGAUUUGGCUCAUUUGAAGGCUUCAAUGAUUCACCUAAACCAGAAGAACCAAAGAAACAACCAUCAAACAAUGGAGUUGCUUCUACAUCUAAUAAUGGUGGCUUUGGAGACUUUGGUUCAUUUGAUAAUGUUAAAUUUGAUGAACAACCAAAACAAAAAUCAACAGAUGGCUUUGGUUCAUUUGAAGGCUUCAAUGAUUCACCAAAAGCAGAAGAAGAAAAGAAACAACCAUCAAAUAGUGGCUUUGGAGAUUUUGGUUCAUUCGACAAUGUUAAAUUCGAUGAACAACCAAAACAAAGUUCUACAGAUGGAUUUGGAACAUUUGGUGAAGAACCAAAGAAACAAACAUCAAAUAGUGGAAUUGUUUCUACAUCUAAUGAUAGAUUUGGAUCAUUCGAUAAUACUCCAAAACCAGAAGAAACAAAGAAGACAUCACAUGAUAUGUUUGCUGAUUUCGGAUCAUCAGAAACAAAGCUGAAUAAUGCACCUAAAUCAGAGAAUGCAUUUGAUAACUUUGGUUCAUUUGAUGGUGUUAAAUUUGAUGAACAACCAAAGCAUUCUUCAACAGAUGGAUUUGGUUCAUUUGAUGGAUUUAAUGAUUCAUCUAAACCAGAAGAAGAAAAGAAACAAUCAAAUAAUGGAGUUGUGUCUGUUCAACAAGAAGAAACAAAGAAGUCAUCACAUGAUUUCUUUGCUGACUUUGGAUCAUCAGUUCCAAGUUCUCAGCCAGGAUUUGUUUCAUUCGAAGAAACAGAAAAGAAGCAAGAUUUUGUUUCUGCUCCUGCAUCAGAAUCAUCUCCAAAGAUUUCUUCUCAAGACGCUUUUGGCUCAUUUGAUGGAUUUAAUGACUCACCUAAACCAGAAGAACCAAAGAAACAACUCUCAAACAAUGGAGUUGCUUCUACAUCUAAUAAUGGCGGAUUUGGAGAUUUUGGUUCAUUUGACAAAGUCAAAUUUGAUGAACCACCAAAACAAAAAUCAACAGAUGGCUUUGGAACAUUUGAAGGCUUCAAUGAUUCACCAAAAGCAGAAGAAGAAAAGAAACAACCAUCAAAUAAUGGCUUUGGUGAUUUUGGUUCAUUCGACAAUGUUAAAUUCGAUGAUCAACCAAAACAGAAUUCUACAGAUGGAUUUGGAACAUUUGGCGAAGAACCAAAGAAACAAACAUCAAAUAGUGGAAUUGUUUCUACAUCUAAUGAUGGCUUUGGUUCAUUCGAAGGUUUCAAUGACAGUACUAAAGUUGAAGAAAAACAACCAUCAAAUAAUGGUGUUGCAACUACUUCUCAAUCUAAUGAUGGCUUUGGUUCAUUCGAAGGCUUCAAUGAUUCACCAAAAGCAGAAGAAAAUGCACCUAAAUCAGAGAAUGCAUUUGGUGACUUUGGAUCAUUUGACAAUGUUAAAUUUGAUGAACAACCAAAACAAAAAUCUACAGAUGGAUUUGGAACAUUUGAAAAAACAGAAGAAAAAGAAGAAACUAAAAAGGAAACAGAAGAGAAAGAAGAACCGAAGUUUGGUGAUUUCGGAAAUGCCAACUUCGAUGAACAGCCAAAACAAGAAGAGUUUGGAGGAUUCACUGGAUUCGACGAUGAAAAAUCUCAGAAAGAAAACUCAGAACAAAAACAAGAAAAUUCUGAAGAAAAAAUUGAAAAGAAAAGUGAAGUUGAAUUUGGAACUUUCCAGGGAUUCGAUGACCAGAAUGGUGGCGAUGCACAGAAUAACGGAGAGUUCCAGUUCGCAGCCUUUGAAGGUGCAGAUUUCGCUGCUUUUGGAGAUGGCCAAAAUCCAGAUUUCGGAAAUGGUGCAGAGUUCGCUCCAUUCGAGCCAACUUUCACAGAUGAGAAGACAGCAACACAGGAGAAGGCUCCAGAAGAGAAGAAGCCAGAACAAUCCGCAGAUAUGAGUUUUGCAAACUUCCAGAAUGCACCAAAGUUCGAUGCUCCAUCUGCUCCAGCACCUGCAUUUGAAGCUCCACCUCCACCACAUCCUUUCGAUGACUCAAUUGAAAGAUUAGAGAAAUUAUUAGAAAAAAUUGACGUGAAUUUGAUCAAAUUACCAAACGAGAAGCUUAUGAAACCAUCGGCCGAAGAAGCAAGAGCUAAACUUCUCGCAAAGCGAGUUUAA